CCCAACCCUAAACAUUUUUUCCCCCCACUUUUGCCCAACGUAGACAGAUUGGCCUCUUCUCUCUCUCUUUUCUGUAUUUUUCUCUCUCUUCACUAAUGGCAUCAAUUACCUGCACUUGAUUUCAUGAAUUCUCCCUUACUCUUCUCACAUACACUUUACCCCAAAACUUUUUUUUUCUUUUUUCUUUUUUUGUUUUGUGUUGUUUUGGCAUUCCCCUGAAAUUGAAGAAGAAAGAAGGAGCCAAAUGGGAAAGUACAUGAAGAAAUCCAAAAUCGCCGGCGACGUCGCCGCCGUUAUCAUGGAGGUUUCCACUCACUCAUCCUCCUCCUCCGUAUCUUCCUCCCCACUCGGGGUUCGCACGAGGGCCAAGACACUCGCUCUUCAGAAAUCUCCGCCGCAACUUCCGGACUCCUCCUCAUACCUCCAGCUCCGGAGCCGCCGCCUCCGUAAGGUUCCGCCGCCGGAGCAGCCCCGUAAGUGUUGUAGGGAAAGCGCGCUUGCGAAUUCGAGGUUUGUUGAGAGUUCGGCCAAAACGGCGUCGUCUCCCAGAGACGAAAAGUUGGGAACUUUUUCUGUGGAAGAGGAGAAUGUUGAUGUGGGUAUGGAUGGUUCUUUUGGAGAAAAUUUGUUGGAGGUUGAAGGCAGAGAUAGAAGCACCAGGGAAAGCACACCUUGUAGUUUAAUAAGGGAUUCAAAUGCCAUUCAUACCCCUGGUUCAACCACAAGGCAAAGAACUCAUCAAAUAAUCCAUCAACACAUGCAAAGAAAUAUUCCAACGGCUUAUGAGGUGGAGGAAUUCUUCUCUUAUGCAGAGAAGCAACAGCGAACAAUAUUUAUGGACAAGUACAAUUUCGACAUUGUCAAUGAAGUACCUCUACCAGGACGGUACGAAUGGGUACCAGUACUUAACUAGGAUAAGCUUUAGUCAUAUGGAGUUCAAGCAAUGCUAUUAGACUUGUAAUUUAACAACUAGCAGCUUUCACUAACCAUUCAGAUUGCUUGAGGCUCUUGUUCAACUAGUUUAAGGAAAAGGGUCUGUUUAGAACAUGUUUCUGAAAUCUGGGUAGUUUAGAGUUAGGAGUCUUUCUGAUUUGUAGGGGUAAGUAUAUCUAAUUUGUAGGUCAUAUUUUCUGUAAUUUAUUUACUUUCUGUCUAUAAUUCAGUAGGGACUAUCAUGGU